UAGGGAAAUGACACUGAAUUUGUUUUGAUACUUGUUGCCUUUGUAUUGACUGAUGUUCAUGUUGUAAUGGCUAAUGUGGUUACCAGAAGGAGAGGUAGUGAAAGUCUCCCAACUAUCUAUUCACAUCAUUGUUCUUGGAUUUUCAUCUGCCAUUAUCUCAGAUGAUGACAUUCAUGGGAAAUACAAAUAUAAGAUUAAGCAUGGAGAGGAAGUGUUUGUCAGCAAUUCUCACAGGAGACAUAAAAUUAAGGGGUUGCCUAGACAUGCCCAUAUCAUCUUCCAAGUAUGCCUCUAGCCAUAGAAGAUGGUCAAUGUUAAAUUCUGGGAAUUCUGGCCAAUGGCUGGUCAACAUUCAAAGCAUCACACCCAUACACGUCCAGGAUAAUUAGCAUUGCCAUGACCUGUGGGGCUCUUUGAGAAGAAAUGCUAAUCUGUUUUGGUUCCAAAGACUUGCAGAGAGUUUUGAUGAAGAGACACUACACACAUGUGGAUCAUUAAUUCCUUGUGCAACCGGAAGUGUUGCUUGGUUGGAAGCAAAUAGAAAAGGGUGGAUAGAGAGUGCUGCUAAAAUAAGAGGUGAGAGGCCAGUGGAACAAUUGGAGACUGACAAUGGAAGGAUGGGUGAUGAAGAUAUGGAUGCAUAUAAUAACAAUAACAAUCAAUCUAAGAAAGCAAGUUGCAGUGAGUUGACUUUUUUCUUUUCUUUUCUUCCUCACAAGUUGGAGUGGUCUUACCAUUUUCUGUCUAUAGAAAGCAGGAAAGCAAUUAUGUUGCUAUCCUGAUUUUUGUUCACAGCAACUGAUCAUUGAGACAAUGGCCCAUUUGGACUUGGUGUAGGUUUAUGUUAUGUUGUUUAUGAGAAGCCUAUGGCCAUUCGAAAAAUUAUUAGGAUCCGCUUGGUACACAGA